AUGAAGAUCAUCAGAAGUCGUUUGUGGCCUCAAGGACGGAGACAGGCAGUUGAGGCGGCAGUAUUGGCAGCCACAGCUGUUGCAGAACAGGCCGUCGCUAAUCCUGCUCCCGCUGUGAAGACACCGCGGAAGAAGGCGUUGUUGAUUGGGUGUCAGGAAGUGCGAGACCAGCCUCCAUUAUCCCCGGCGUCUCCGGGGCCUUUGUCGCCGUUGUCGGCCAGGUUCAAUAGAUCAGACAACUUUGCGGUGACGGGGUUGAAGAGGAUGAAGACGAAGAUGCAGGAGAAGAAGUCCAUGAAACAGAGUUUGCUGAAAGGGCCUCAUAGAGACGUUGAAGCUCUUCGGAAGCUUUUGAUAGAGGUUUAUGAUUAUAAACCCGAGGAUAUUGUAAUCCUCAUAGAUAAUGACUUACCAGGUCAUAAACAACCUACCCAAGAGAACAUUAUGUAUGAAAUGAAAAAAUUAGUGGAGGGAGCUCAAGAGGGAGAUCGCUUUUUCUUCCAUUUCUCUGGUCACUCGGUACAGGAAGAUACAGAAGAUAUUUCCGAAGAAGAUCGCAAGAACGAAUUCAUCGAGACCUCUGACGGCAAGAGAAUUAAGGACGAUAUACUAAAAGAAACACUCGUUGACCCACUACCACCAAAAACAUCUUUGAUUGCUGUCUUUGACUCAUGUCACUCAGGCUCUUUGCUUGACCUGAAGCAUUUCAGAUGUAAUCGCGUCUAUGUGCCCUGGAUAAACAAAGGAACUCGAAAGACGGCCACCCUGUUGAAUAGUAAUAGUGAGUUCACCCUUUACAUCUUGAGGGAGAGGAAUGAUCAGCUCACAUUACCCAUUGAUCUUUUUGAAGAACGUCAGCGAGCAAAGAUUUCAAUGCCAAAUGCUAUAACGCGGCUAAAGGCGCAAGCUUGGGCGCACUCGUCCAUCGAUAAAGUUCUUAUUUCGCCUACAGACUCUAUAUCAAUACAUGAAGGAACACCCAAUCCGGGUACAGCUGGGCACGUCAAAUCCAAGUUGUCCAUCACCACGGACCUGGUGUCGACAUCCGCCUCUAAAUUCUGGAUAGACUCUCCCACCGUUCGGCAGGAAUGUUCUUCACCGGUAGCAAUGUACUGCACUGGCUACUGUAGACAGCAUGCACUUCAUGACGAAAGCGCUGUGCAAGCGGACGUCAUCUCUAUUUCUUCCGCGAAAGAUGGCCAGAAGUCUUGGGAAGACAGGAACGGCACGUCGAUGACACAAGUUCUCGUUAACAUAUUGAGGAAAGAUCCCCAUCCUACGUUAGCGGACCUAAUGACGCUUGUUAGUCACGACAUCCACGCUUUUUAUGUGGAUUUGCAUGACCGAGCUCGAGAGUAUAAGAAAGCCGUCAGGAUAGCAAAUGAAAAAAUGCGUAAAAAGGGGAAGAAGCCCAGGGAGGGUGAUCCGGUGGAGAUGAAUAAUUUUCAAAAUCCUCAGGUUAGCAUUCUGACAAAAGUGGUCUUGCCAUUUCUUCAUGUUUGA